CCCUGUCCCUCUGAAAGCCAUUAAAGAGGGGGAACUAAAUCUGAAGUACGACGCCCCUUUUGUGUUUGCUGAGGUCAACGCUGACGUGGUCGAGUAUGUGAAGCUGACCAAUGGUAGGAUGGUAAAGAUGGGGGGAUCGUCCAUAGAUGUGGGGCACUUUAUUAGCACCAAGGCUGUGGGCAGUGACGAGAGGCACGACAUCACACACCUAUACAAGCACCCUGAAGGUUCUUUGCAGGAGAGAGAGGUCUUUGAGAGAGCCAAGCAUCACCAUGAGCUCCAGCAGAAAGGAGAGGAACCAGGCCUGAAGGUGAAGAUCAAGGUGUCCCUUGACAUGGACAUUGGGGCAGAUUUUGAUGUGUUUGCAGUCGUCACAAACAACACAGAGGCUGACAAGACGUGUCGUGUUAUGUUUUAUGCCCGAAUUGUGUCCUAUGAUGGCAAACCAGGUGCCAAUUGUGGAUUUAUUGAAGACUUAACCAUGGAGGUUCCCACUGGAAAAGAGAAGCGCCUUCCCCUAAGACUGGAGUAUGUUGACUAUGGUGACACCAUAACGUCAGAUAGGCUGAUUCAAUUGGUUCUCAUUGUCAUCGAAUCAAGUCCCAGGGAAUUCCACAAGGCAAAGAGGACCAUUGUGCUGGAGAACCCAGAUAUAGCCAUUAAGCUCUUGGGAGAACCCAGAGUGAACCAGAAGGUGUCUGCACAAAUCUCACUACAGAACCCUCUACCAGAACCCCUGCAGAACUGCUUCUUCAGUGUGAUGGGAGCCAGCCUCACAGAUGGAAAACUCCUCAUACAGAAUGUUGGAACUGUGGGUCCAAAACAAGAGGCCAAGUACACAGUGGAAUUCACACCUACUAGCACCGGGUCCAGGACCCUAACGGUAGAUUUUGACAGUGACAAGCUGAGCAACAUCAAGGGAUACUUGAACAUUGAGAUAAAGGAAUGAAUCAUUUAACGGCCAACGACACUAAUGCCAUUAUUAUUUUUUAAGAAGAGAUUUGCCACAUUUCAAUUGCACUGCCUUGCAGUAUUUGAUGACAUCUGUACGUUUGCAUGCUGUAGCACUUAGAUGAGCAUUUCUAAUUAUUCAAGAAAUACAUAUAUUUGAUUUGUUUCACAGAAAUGUGAAUGACCUUUUUACAUUUAUAAAUGCUGUGAAAGUCGAUUGUUCUACAUCAGAUAGCGCAACAAAUCUGUUUGCACUGAAUCAGAGACACGUGUUGUGUAGAAGUAAAUCCACCUGUCGGAAGAUGCUGGUUGAAGUCGAUAGAUUCAAAAUGUCCACCUAAAAAUAUAAACAGACUCAAUGUAUCAAUGUCACAUUAGUCAGAGUAUAAACCAGUCUGGACAGCUUUUGUCCGAGUAUAAACCAGUCUGGACAGCUUUUGUCCGAGUAUAAACCAGUCUGGACAGCUUUAGUCAGAGUAUAAACCAGUCUGGACAGCUUUUGUCCGAGUAUAAACCAGUCUGGACAGCUUUAGGCAGAGUAUAAACCAGUCUGGACAGCUUUUGUCCGAGUAUAAACCAGUCUGGACAGCUUUUGUCCGAGUAUAAACCAGUCUGGACAGCUUUAGUCAGAGUAUAAACCAGUCUGGACAGCUUUUGUCCGAGUAUAAA